UUGCACUAAUUCAGCACGUGAACGAGGGUUUUAGACUGACUUUUGAAGUGCCCGGAUGCACAAAGGACAGGGGAGAGGUCAUCAGUCCCAACAGAGUGAGGAACUCUCGUGCGUUUUUCUCUGUCACCGUCAGUUGGAAUUGGAUUGUGAGCGGACCAGGGUUUAGAACUAGAGCUCCCCAGCGAUGGCCGCUCAGGGGAGCUGUGAUCACUUCGAUUCUUAGAUGAUUCUUUGGGGACACAGAUCCUAUCAGCUUAAGCGCGAGUGAGCGGACGGUAGUAGAAUUUUCACGAUGAGUUUGAGCGGAUGGCGUCUUGUUCGAUUACGAUCGGGGUCUGUAAAUUUUCCUUCCCUUGAUCACUUGCUGAACUCCUGGCAGCAGCUGGGUGUUGGCUCGUCACGGAGUAUCUCGGUUUCCACAGUUGAUAGACUUUCAGAGGAGGGUACCGGCAAUGGUGGACCGCGGGAGCCAGCGGAGGAUUCGCCUCAAGCUACCGGAGAUAAACGUUUGUGGAGAAAGUGGAUUGAAGACCGCCUUGCCCAUUCAAAAGCUGGUGGUGAGGAGAGAAGUGGUUCCUCAGGUGCAGACUCCUUAUUCGAAGAUAGUGUGACGAGGUCCUCCCUAUCAGCUGACGACGUAGUUGGAACAAGCAGUUCUUCUUAUGGAGGAACAUCGGAAGUCGAGGAAUAUGGAAAUCUACCCUUUUCCUCUGAGACAACUGGAAGCGAAGAGAUGUCUUCUUCGACGUAUACGAGGUCACAAUAUUCUGAGGAUGAGUUAGUCACACCUGAUUUGAAAUCACACGUAAAGGAGACUGCCCGUGAGACGAAGGGUUCUAUCGAUCUGGACGCUCUUAUAAAUGAGUCCUUCAAGCCAUCUAGUUUUUCUGGCGAACCAAGUUUGGAUAAGCUCAGGAAUCUGACUAACCGUGACAGUCCCAGUGCCAGUUUCCUACAAGAAAGAGAACCAGCUAGAAGUACCAGCUACUCUUCAAAGCAGAAAUCACCUUUUCCAGAGAAUGCGAAGCGGUCGGCCCUACCCUCAGCAGCUAAGCCAAAGCCAAGUGGUGAGGUGGCUCAAGUGUCAGUGGAGAUGCAACUGCCAAAGGUGGAAGCACUUGAUGAUUUUGAGUAUCGAGUCCUUGGCACUGCAAGUGACUUAGACGAUACUCGAGAUGACGAUUUCCUAAGAGAGCUCGAUGAGAUAGGAAGAUCAGCCAGAGGAAUUCGCGAAUAUGACGAAGGUGAAGAGGAUUCAGGAGCGGAUGAAGAUGAAGAUUGGGAUGAUGACAAAGCUCAGGUGUUGACCGAUCUAGCUUUGUCUAAUCUGGAGGAAUUUGAUUUGGAGGACGAGCAACGCCCGUAUCGCUUAAGAGCUGACAGAUUAUUCUUUCCUGGACAACUUUACGAUCCCGAGGAUCUCGACAUAUCCAAGCCAGUGGCGGAGCUGGAGAAGCCGACUUCGAGGACACGGAAAAAUUAUUCUUCGAAAGAAGUUUGCCAGAUUGCUGAUUUCAGGAAUCCUCGCUACUUGUCAAACUUUCUUCGAGAGUCCUCCAGGAUCCUUCCUCGACGACAUCAUCAAGUUAGUGCCAAAGCCCAACGGAAAAUCAAUCGGGAGAUCAAAACUGCACGCGUUUUAGGUCUAAUGCCCUUCACCUCGAUGGGGGACGCGCCGUUUAGGUUUAUGAGAUCUCGGUCGGAUGACGACCCUUAUCCUGGUUCCGAAGAGGAUUAGUUUUAGGGCUAGUGCUGAACAUUAGUUCGACAUCAGAGAAAAGUUUCCGUGGCGAUUUUUUCUUCAGCCAAAAGGCAUUCAUCUUAGGAAGGAAGCUUGUUAAAUUUCAAGCUUUAUCCAAGUCCCAUCCUUUUGAGAAAGAAAGUAGCCCGUCUGUCUGCCUUUACCCAUCAAUUAGGGUCAAGGAGGAGUAUUCGUCGGGCAAAAGAUCAAGAACUGCUUAUAGGUGAAAAUCUUACCUUCUGAUAUUCUCCCUGAUUACAAAAGCUUGUAGUAAGUACAACAUCAUUCGCAGCUCCUCCUCGUAGGAAGUAUGAGCAGUGAUUCGAAGGAAAGGGGAGAAAUGCUCUGCUCUUACGUAAUGAUUUGAAGUGAUUGAAAAGUGGUUCUUCUCAUGUCAAGUGCAAUUUGAGACGAAAUAUGUGGUCAACCGAUAAGGUACUUGCCAUCAAGUUCCGUGGUACUCUUUGUGGUGAUCGACCUCUGUAAGGCCCAAGGAGGUUGAGUUUUGAGAUGAAGCAAGAAAACUCAAGUUUUAGCCCGGUGCGCUCCUGCUCUCUGUCUCUUGCGUGGAUCUUACCUACCAAGCGCGAGCUUGGUAGGAA